UUUAUUCUCAUGCAAAGUAUCAUUAUGUAUUGAUGAUAGAUUUUACUUAUUUGAAGAUGUAAUAAUACAAUAAUGCUUGAAUGUUUAAUCUUUUAGCUUUCACCAAAUAUCUAAUAACCAUCUGUUUGGAAUAUAUAGAAGUUGCUAUUAAGUUAAAAUAUAUUAGAGAUGCAGAUGUACUUUAUGCAAUCAGCUUCCCAAGCAACCUAACAACGAACUAAUCUCCAUUGUAGAAGUUGAUGGUGAACUAAUUAAUAAUUUACUUAUUACAUCAUUGUUUUGGUCCAACCCCUAAUCAAGACAAAGAAAAUAAAAUUGAUACUGAAGCAAGUCUCAAGAUUGAAAAUUUAGAAUGUGCAGCUGUGAUGCUGAAUAAAUUAUUUAAUCAUUAUAAACUCUUUGUGCAGAGGUAUUUUGCUAAUAAUUCUUGAGUUCUAUGUUCUCCUUAAAAAUGCAGUAUCAAUAUAGUUAGUGCAAUUAUUAGAUGGUGCUGCUUCUCUAUAGGGUGAACCAUGCAUAUGUAAUAAUUGGUUUUUUAUGAUUGAAAUUUUUAUUAUUGGAUGUUGAAUGAAUAUCUGAGACACAUGUAAAACCUAUGUUAUGUACAUCAUAUGCUGGUGUCUAAUUUUACCUCCGAGUAUUGUGUAUUGAAAAAGAAAAAAAGAAAAAAAAUCUUCAUCUCCAUAAUAGAUAACUGUGGAAACUUAUGAUUAUGAAUAUGAUUGCGAAAAGUUAAAGCUGAAGGCAGAGUACUUACAUUUUUAUAUCUAAAAUGAUUUAUUUCUCAGAUAACCAAAAUUCUCUUGUACUUUCUCAUGGAAUAUAAUAUAUAAUUUGCAAUUUCAAUUUGCAAAUUUAUUAAUUUUUAAUUUGAGAACCAGGAGUCAAUGACAGCAUGGGCUGAGUGCUCUGUAACAUAGGAAACUGUUAUAAUUCAUUUUGUAUGAUCUUCCUGCCAAAGUUCUGCACAGUUUAUAUAAAAUCCUUAAUGGGGCACUUCAUCUUAGACAUGUUUUCUUUGCCUCGUUUAGAUGUGAUUUCAGGAUGAAUAUUAAAUCUGGAACUUUAUGAAUUCAGAUUAGUUCUUGAAGUAUUUGCAUUAAAAUUUUGUAAAUAGCAUCCCCUUUUGCCUAAUUGGCAAUUGCUAUAUACUGUUUGCUGCCAGGAUUUAUCCCAACCUCAAUAUAUGCAGCCUCUAUCCUUUAAAACUUAUCAUUUGAACUGUUGAGCCAAGGUGAUUGUCCUAGAUGUUAGGAUUGCUGGCUUGCUAAUUUUUUUGAAUGCUUUAGCGAAGUGCUUAUUUGUGCAAAAAAUCUUUAAAAGGCCUUGUUUUUUACUUUCUAUGCUAAUAUGGAUAUAUGGCCACUAGAGCCUAUAAUUUUUCUUUUAUUCCUUUUUUUUCUUUUUAAAAAUACCCUGUCUGGUUAGAAUUUUUAAUCUAACACUAGAGUGGUUGUAAGAGACAGAUAUAUGAAACUAAAAGGAUGGUUGGAAUGCCCUAUCAAGUUAGUUAUUCUGCAUCCAUAACCACUUGACAUUAGUAAUGAGUACUGCAGCAUUAUUUAAUUUUCGGAUAGUGAUUUUAUUUGAUUCUUCUCACUCAUUUUAUAUUUGGUCAAUGAUCUUCCUACAGUUUGCCAAAGUUGAUAUCCCUUUCCUGUUUUAGGGUAUAUCUGCCUGCAACCUCUUUUUUACUUCUUUAAGUUUUGGGUAAAUUUCUUGGUGCUCAUUGGGUUGCUACAGUUUGCCAAAGUUGAUAACCCUUUCCUGUUUUUUAUUUUAGGAAUAUAUCCUCCUGCAACCUCUUUUUACUUUUUUUUAAUUUUUGGGUAAAUUUCUUGGUGGUCAUUUGGUUCUUAAGCUUGUUAGGGCAUCUAAUGGUAAGGAAUGUUACUCCAGAACUAAGAUUAACCUUAAUGGGAAUGAGAUAUAAGAACAUCAUUUAUAGCAUGUCUUGCCAUUCAUGAAUGGUAGAUGCCAUUCAAAACAGUUGUCGAGUAUUUUUUUUCAGAAAUUUCAUCAUCUUGUUUAAGCUUGAACAUUUUAUUUGCGGUGGAAAGUAUAUCUAUUUUCCUUUACCAAACUGAGAGUAGGGACACAUUGGCCAUGGGCCAGUUGAAUAAGAAUACUGAUGGGUUGAGUUGAGAAUUCUUAGUUUGUUGCUGGAGGGCAUAUGAAACUACUACCAUUUAUUUUAUGCAGUUCGCAUUAUUCUCCAAUAGUUGCUGCAGUUCCAGAAGAUGUUGGAACUGCUGGCGCUCUUCGGGCCAUUGCGCACCAUUUGACUGCAAAGGACAUUUUGGUUGUGACUGGUGAUCUUGUUUCUGACAUUCCUCCUGGUGCAGUUGCAGCAGCUCACAGACGGCAUGAUGCAGUGGUGACUACAAUGCUUUGUUCUGCUCCUGUUGGUGGGCCUGCUGAAUCAGGGUCAUCUGCUGGAAAGGACAAAAUAAAGAAACCCAGAUGGUACAACAUCAUUGGACUGGACCUUGCAAAGCAGUUUUUGUUACAUAUAGCAACAGGAGCUGAAGUUGAUAAAGAUAUUCGAAUUCAGAAGAGUAUUCUUCAUGCAGUGGGGCAGAUGGAAAUACGAUCUGAUCUUAUGGAUGCUCAUAUGUAUGCGUUCAAGAGGUCUGUCCUGCAAGAAGUUUUAGAAGAGAAGGAUAAAUUUCAGAGCUUAAAACGGGAUGUACUGCCUUAUCUUGUUCAGAGCCAGCUGAGAUCAGAGGUAUUACUAAAUGGUGUAUUAUCGCAAGCAGAAGAAAAUGGAAAUGAGAAGGUUAGUUCCCAAAACAACCAUGUCAUGGUAUCUCAGAUACUGGCCAAUGCGUCUACUCCGAGCUUUCAUGAACUUUAUGCAUCGGGUCAUAAUGGUUCUGCUUCUGUUCAAAGAAUUCACAAGUGCUGUGCUUAUAUUGCAAGCAACAGCAAAUACUGUUCUCGCUUAAAUUCUAUUCAGGCAUUCAGUGAUAUAAACAGAGAUGUCAUAGGUGAGGCAAAUCAUCUGUCAGGCUAUUCAUUCUCUGCUCAUAACAACGUCAUCCACCCUUCAGCACAGCUUGGAUUAAAAACUACUGUGGGACCUCAUUGUAUGUUAGGCGAAGGUUCACAAAUGGGUGAUAAAUGCAGUGUGAAACGGUCUGUUAUUGGUAGUCACUGCCGGAUAGGUUCUAAUGUGAAGGUGGUUAAUUCAGUUAUCAUGAACCAUGUUACCAUUGGAGAUGACUGUUCAAUCCUAGAUUCUGUGAUUUGCAACAAUGUACAGCUCCAAAAGCGAGUUGGACUCAAAGAUUGUCAAGUUGGAGCAGGUUUCGUGGUUACUGCAGGUUGUGAGUACAAGGGAGAGUCCCUGGCCAGAAAAGAGAAGUGAAUAAAUUGGGGGAGAUGUCCUUUGCUAGAAGCAGAAAUGCAAGUCUCAAGCUCACUUUUGUAGCAUGAUCAUCAUAGGUUGGUGUCUGUAACUGCUAGUCAAACCUAUGUCAAGGGAAGAGAAAUCUCUACUGUCAACAAGUGUAACCUUCAACUGUUUAUCAUUUGUUUUGUUUUUUUUUGGCUGCAUGUAGUGCUUCCCAUGCAUUUAUAUCGACUGAAUUACAGUAGAUUAGGUUCAAUUUUGUCAUAUAUUUGUAAAAGAUGAUCAGAUUUUACUGGUUCUUGAAUGGAAAAGCCUUCCAUCAUUCUCAAAAAAUGUCGGUUAUAGUUG